AUGCUUCGCUUGGCCCUCCGGGCUGGCGCAAGUGGCCCGGCCACCCGGGCGCGCUUUUCCUCUCGUGCCGGCGCCGAUGUGGCCGCCCCUUCGGGCCGGCAGCCACUGCCCGAUGUGUCGCCUGCAUCGGCCGAGUCGAGCAUCCGCGCGGCACUCAACGGCUCCUUGAAGCUGGCUCGGCGGCAUCUGUUCAUUGUUUCCGCCAUCCAAACGAUACACAUCCCCUGGCAUCGGCCAUCGGCGUGCAGCUCUUUCGCCAACGCGUGA